AUCAUGUCUGGAGUUAAAGGAGGCAAAUCCCAGUGCAAGGACCCCUGCCAACAGCAAUCCAAGUGCCCAGAUCCAUGCCAACAGCAAUCCAAGUGCCCAGAUCCAUGCCAACAGCAAUCCAAGUGCCUGGACCCAUGCCAGAAGCAAAGCAUCUGCAAGGACCCAUGCAAACCUGUGCAGCAGUGCCAAAGCUCUGGUGGUCAUCUUAAAGAUCCCUGCAACCCUUGUGCUGAUCCUUGCCAAACCCAGUCUAAACACUGCUGAAAGGAAUCAAGGACCAUGGACGCUGCAAACCUAUUUCCUAUAGCUUCAAAGUAACAUGCCUUAGAUUGUAAACACAAGCUUCUCCACUGUAGACAACUGACAAUAAAAUGUUUGC